UAGCCCUUGUCGGGUUGCUACAGCACCGCGCCAAGGUUAGGCUUUUGGGUAGAUGGAAGAGAGGGAGGGGCGGGCUCAGAGCGCCCGGAAGGGCUCGCGCGCGGCCCCCGACAAUGGUAAAACGGAAGUCCUACUCCUUCGGAGCUCCUCGUCCGGGCGGAAGAAGCGUUCUUCCUCUAGCGGUGGCUGCGUAGCUGCGCGCCUCUGCGGUCUGCGGCUUGGCUUCCGGGAGCUACGGGAGCAUCCUCACCUGGUAAGAGAAAGGAGGGGAACUUGGCGCGUGCCUCCUGCGGGGGCCAGAGAGCCCACCAUCCGCCCUGCCGCAACGGCUGUUAAUGCUGGGAGCAGUCAAGGUUCAUUUGUUUUCAUUUCGGACGUUUGUCUUAACAUGGACAAACACACUUCCUUCCACGGUCGUACUGUUUACCUGACCCUCAGAACACUUUUUUGCUUUAAAGACAUUUGAUGUUCCCAGUCUCUGAAUUCUGGUGUUGAUGUUGAUUGAAUAUGCCUUUUUAGCAUAUUAAAAUGGCUGUACCCAAGGACGCCAUCCCUUCAUUGUCGGAAUGCCAGUGCCAGAUCUGUGUGGAAAUUCUAUUUGAGCCUGUGACACUCCCUUGUAACCACACGCUGUGUAAACCAUGCUUCCAGUCGACUGUCGAAAAAGCAAAUUUGUGCUGCCCCUUCUGUCGCCGCCGAGUCUCUUCGUGGACUCGACACCGCACCCGAACAAAUUCUCUUGUCAACAUGGAACUGUGGAAGAUAAUUCAGAAACACUAUCCAAAAGAAUGCAAGCUUAGAGCCUCUGGGCAAGAAUCAGAGGAAAUUGUUGAUGACCAUCAACCAGUCCGCCUAUUAAGUAAACCUGGGGAAUUAAGAAGAGAAUAUGAAGAGGAGAUAAGCAAGGUAGAGGCAGAGCGACGAGCCAAUGAGGAAGAAGAAAACAAAGCCAGUGAAGAAUAUAUACAGAGGUUAUUGGCAGAGGAGGAAGAAGAAGAAAAACGACAGGCAGAAAAUAGGCAAAGGGAGAUGGAAGAACAGCUGAAACGUGAUGAAGAGCUGGCAAGAAAGCUAAGUCUUCAAAUUAACAAUUUCUGUGGCGGAAGUGUCUUGGCAUUGCCCUUGAAUUCCAAAAAAUCUGAUCCAGUCACAACAAAGUCACAAAAGAAAAAUAAGAACAAGCCAACAAACACUGGAGAUAUUGAAAAGUAUUUGUCACCUAAAUCUCAACUUGGGUCAGCAUCACAGUCUGAAGUUGUACAAGAAGAUAGGAAAAACUCCGUGUCUAAGGAAACUGACAGCAGUGGUAUGAAGAGCCCUACAUGGCAAGACACAGACGUUGAGGAAGAUAUGCCAACACUUUCUCCACAGAUAUGCCCUGAAGUUCAAGAGCAAGGUGUAAAACCUUCAAUGGAGUCACCUAUGCCUCAGUUAUAUGCCAGUGGUAGAGAAUGGUGCCUUGAAGGACAAAUGGAAACAAAAGCAAGCAAUCAUGAGAAAGAGUUAUGUGUCAUAAAUCAUGAGGGACCUAAAGCCAGAGUUCCCGACUCUGAAGAAGCUGCAGUUAAAACUUGUGGCAAAACAGAGAGUGGGUUCACUGUCUCUGAUACGACACCGAUAAUUAGAAAUAACACACCGGAGAUAGAAAAUGAAGAGUCUAACCUACUGAUCAAUAAGGAUAUCUUCAAAAGGAAAAAUCAGGAAUCUUUGUUUGAAGCAGUCAGGGACCCAUGCUCUUCUGCAAAAAGAAGAAAAAUGUUCCCCACAGCUUCCUCAGAUGAAGAGGAAACAGAAAUCAGCUUUACUCAAAAACUGAUAGAUUUGGAACAUCUACUUUUUGAGAGACAUAAACAAGAAGAACAGGACCGGUUGUUAGCAUUACAGCUUCAAAAAGAGGUGGAUCAAGAGCACAUGAGGCCAAACAGGCAAAGAGGAUCCCCAGAUGGCUAUCAGUUACGUGCUACGUCCUCACCUCCAGACAGAUUGCUAAAUGGACAGAGGAGGAGUUCCAAAGAUAGGAACUUCAAAAGACAAACUGAUCUAGAGCAUCCAAAACCUCAGAGAGGCUCAAAAAAUGAAAAUUGGCAAACUUCUUUUAAGAUCCAGUGGAAACAUUCAGUUAACGGAAGAAAUAUACCAAAUUCUAUUAGAGAUAAUUGUAGUGUACCUAAAACUGCUCAGUCCCUACAGCCGAGUAAGUCCCAGAAAAGUAUUUUUCAGAUGUUUCAGAGAUACACAAAGUAAUGGAUAGGUAAAGGGAGUAUUUUAUAAUCUAGUAAAGCUGGGUUGUGAAGCUCUCUAUCAUAGAUUCUUUAUAAAUUUUCAUUAAUUCUGCUUUGUGGGCACAUUCAUUAUCCUUAAUUAAAGGACUGUGCGAUCACAAGGGAGGGACGUACAAAUGUGUUUGUGCCAAACUCAGUUGUAAGCAAGGGUCACGGUCCUUUUCUUUUUUAGUAACUGAUAUGCUAAGUUGAUAGUCCUUAUGGAUAAAAAUGCCUUGGCCAGGGAGUUCCCUGAUAGCCUAGUGGGUAAGGAUCUGACAUUGUCACUGCUGUGGCGGGGGUUCGAUCCCUGGCCCAGGAACUUCUGCAUGCUGCAGGCGUGACCCAGAAAAAGGGGGGAAAAAACACUUGAAAAAAAAUAAAUGCCUUGACUAACUCCCAAGAAACCUUCAUUUUCAUGUGUUUUCAAAAAAUGCAUAUUUAAUGGCCUUUGCCCACCUUUUUGGCAUGACUAAUAAAGCAAUACUAUAAUAGUCCAAGUAUUUAAUCUAGGUAGGGUUUAAAAUCUAAAUUUUGUUGCAACUCUACCAUCUAUUUGCAAAGCACUUGAAAUUCAUCUUCCGUAACACUACAGUCAUCUAGUUUCCAUUUCUACUUUAAUUAGUUUAAGUAUUAAAAGCAUUUUCUUUGACGUAAAAUUAGGACUAACACGAAAUCAGAAAAAUGAGAAUUUUCUGGAAAAUUAGGAAUUAGUUGACAGAAAGGAAACUAGACUCUUGGUGCAGAAGGAGCUAAGAGUUGGGAUGAGGCUCAGUGGGAUGGAUUGACAAUUUGGAAAUACUGGAACCGAAUGGGUAAUCAGACAGGUGGGUUCCAGGAUGGAGUGGCAAGUGUAGUUUGCCCCAGUAUUCUGCUUCAUUCUUUCUUUGCUAAAUAACACAGAAAACAUUUGAGUUUUACAGCUUUUCAUACCAUAGUAUAUAAUCUGCUAUUCCAGGGAAAGAAAAAAAAAAAGGUAUUGCUCUAAGAGAAUUAUAUCACAGUAUCCUAGAUUGUAGAACCUGGCUAACCAUGUGUUUAUUUCUUCAAGUUAUCAUUUAUAUUGGUACUGACUUUUAUUUGUGUUUAUGGAUAAAAGUAGAAAGUAUGAUACUUGGGUUUUGCUCUCUCUUACCCCUGAAAGUUAAGUCAGAAGGCAGCAAUUUCAUUUGGUGAAAUUUAACUUAGAGAUUGUUAAUCUUCUAUUUCAUUAAUGUGAACAACCUUGAGCAAACAACAGUUUUGACAGCAUUUCUGCUGAUGUCUAGUUAGCCAUCCUUUUCAGGUGAUUAUACAAUAAAAUGUCCUAGGGCUAGUAAUUCUAGCUUAAAGUUGUCUGUAUUUUUACACAUUGUUACAAUUUUUUUCCUCCAAAUUUUAUAACUGAAAUUCUAUAAUCUCUGCAUACUUGAUGGCAUCCACUUCAGUAUUGAUUGGGUGAUUAUGGGUAGAAUUCUGAUGCUGAUUUAAAACUUAGUUUGCCCUUUCUCAAAAGUGCUUGACCUCUGAGUAAUAAUUGUGUUGAAAUGAAGCAUAGUUAAUAAUUAACCAGAUAUGUCUAAAAUAGACUAAAGUCUAUCGUUUCAUCAAACCAGUAUUUUUAUAAUAAGACUAGUUUUGCUUUCCAUUUUAUGGUAGAUACUGUUGGACCCCUCAAAUAGAGUUAUAUAAGUAAAUCUUCCUGGAAUAGUCCAUAACCAAAAGGGCAGAAAAUAGUGUAAGGUAUUUAGUAUUUACAUAUAUAACCACUUAUUUGUGAAGAAGUUUUCCUGACUAAAGUUGGUUUCAAGAUAAAUUUUAAUUUCUCAAUUAGUCUUUAUGAUACUCCGACCAUGUAUGCAUUUUUGUGAGAAAUCAGUAAAUGUUUUGUGUCAGUCAUUAGAACGUAUUGAUACUUUUCCUCCCAUUUUAUGGAAGGGAUAUGAGAGUGUUUAAUUUCUCAGGGAGUGCUAAAACUGUGUAGAGGUUGAGUAUCUGAAAAUUAAAGUAAUUAUUAAAAAUUAAAGGGACUAUGUGUCUUAUCACCGUUAAAAAUAAAAAUUAACACAUGAAAAUAAAAAGUUGUGCAUAACAAAAACUACUAUAAAGGAAAAUUGGAAGACUAUGCAAACUGGGGAUGAUAUAGAUGUGAAUUACCACAAAGAGCUAAUUUCCUUUGUAAAAAUUGUCUGCCAGUACAUUAAAAAAAAGACUUAACAACCCAAAAGAGAAAUUAGAAAAUUUUAUGUUCCCAAGAAACUUAGUUCCCAAGAAAGGAAGUAAAUGGCUCUUAGAUGUGUGAAAAAAUACAUAGUAUUCUAGUGCUCAUAUAUUUCCCCAACCUUCAGAUUAGUAAAGAAGGUGGGGGUUUUUUGGUCUUGUUUUUAUCUGUGUAUAUGUUUUGGGGUUUGUUUCCAAUCUUGGCAAGAGUGUGAGGAAAUAGGCACUCUUACAGGUUACUUGGUAUGAAUAGACAAUUUAAAAGCCCUAGAGGGAUAACCUUGACAAUUCUACCUCUAGGGAUUUCUUUUUUUUUUUUUUUUUUUUUGUCUUUUUGUCUUUUUGCUAUUUCUUUGGGCUGCACCUGCAGCAUAUGGAGGUUCCCAGGCUAGGGGUCUAAUCGGAGCUGUAGCCACUGGCCUAUGCCAGAGCCACAGCAACUUGGGAUCCGAGCCGCGUCUGCAGCUUACACCACAGCUCACAGCAACGCCGGAUCGUUAACCCACUGAGCAAGGGCAGGGACCGAACCCGCAACCUCAUGGUUCCUAGUGGGAUUCGUUAACCACUGCGCCACGACGGGAACUCCCCUCUAGGGAUUUCUUUUUUUUUUUUUUAUUUUUAUUUUCCCACUGUACAGCAAGGGGGUCAUGUUAUUCUUACAUGUAUACAUUACAAUUACAUUUUUUCCACCCUUUGUUCUGUUGCAACAUGAGUAUCUAAACAAAGUUCUCAAUGCUAUUCAGCAGGAUCUCCUUGUAUAUAUAUUCUAAGUUGUGUCUGAUAAGCCCAAGCUCCCGAUCCCUCCCACCCCCUCCCUCUCCCAUCAGGCAACCACAAGUCUUUUCUCCAAGUCCAAGAUUUUCUUUUCUGGGGAGAUGUUCAUUUGUGCUGGAUGUUAGAUUCCAGUUAUAAGUGAUAUCAUAUGGUAUUUGUCUUUGUCUUUCUGGCUCAUUUCACUCAGUAUGAGAUUCUCUAGUUCCAUCCAUGUUGCUGCAAAUGGCAUUAUGUCAUCCUUUUUUAUGGCUGAGUAGUAUUCCAUUGUGUAUAUAUACCACUUCUUCCGAAUCCAAUCCUCUGUCGAUGGACAUUUGGAUUGUUUCCAUGUCCUGGCUCUUGUGAAUAGUGCUGCAAUGAACAUGCGGGUGCACGUGUCUCUUUUAAGUAGAGCUUUGUCCGGAUAGAUGCCCAAGAAUGGGAUUGCAGGGUCAUAUGGAAGUUCUAUGUAUAGAUUUCUAAGGUAUCUCCAAACUGUUCUCCAUAGUGGCUGUACCAGUUUACAUUCCCACCAACAGUGCAGGAGGGUUAUAAGUACCUCCUUUUUUUUUUUUUUUUUUUAACUUUUUUUCCAUUUUUGUUUUUGGCUUACUUUUGGCUUCCCCGUGGCAUAUGGAGUUCAUGGGCCAGGGAUCAGAUCCCAGCUGCAGUUGCAAUCUACACUGAAGCUGUGGCAACACUGUGUACUUAAUCCAUUGUGCCAGGUCAGGAAUCAAACCUGUGUCCCCAGGCUCCUAGGGAUUUCUUAAAGCUGUCUUCACCUAUCUGUAGAGUGGCAUGCACAAAACACUUUUGUAUGGCAUUGUUUGUAAUAACAAGCUUAGAAACAACCUUAAUUGUAUCAAUUAACAAUACAUGAUGGUAAAAUAGAAUACUAUACAGCAAUUAAAAAACCCACUUUACUGAUAUGAGAAGAACUAUAAGAUGUAGUUAAAAAAUACAAGAUAUAGGAUAGCAUACAUAGCAUGCAAUCAUUUGUCCAAAGAAGAGAAAUAUAUAUAUAUGAGAGAAACUUGUCAGCAGGGAGAGAAACUGGAUGGCUGGAAAGUAGUGGAAGAAUAACUUUUCACUAUAUGUUCUUUUAUAUUUUGAAUUUUCAAUCAUAUUGAAUAUAUAUCAUUAGUCAAAAUUAAAAUGUUCUUGGAAUUCCCUGGAGGCCUAGUGGUUAAGGACUGGCAUUGUCAUUGCUAUGGCUUGGGUUACUGUUGUGGCUUGGUUAGAUCUAUGUGCCAGGGAUUUCCGUAUGCCUUGGGCACAGCCAAAAAGCAAAAAAUGUAAAUGUUCUUAAAAUAUUGCAAGAUAAAAGAUACUUAUGCAUCCUAGCCUACACCACUCUAGAUGGUCCUAUUUUGCCUUUAAAAUGUAAGAAUCAAUUCUGAGAAAUUUUUCAGUGCAAAAAAAAAUUAGCAUUGUGAAUUUUUGGAAAUAGCAUUGUGAAUGAAUUAGAAUAUAUUUAGAUUUAAUGUACUUUUAAAAAAAUUAUUUGGAAAUCAAAUCAUAUGCUUUUCAGGUAGAAUUGCUACAGAACUGCAGUCCCACUGAGAAUCGUGAGAAAAGCCAGAUAAAAAUGUAAAAUUUUCAGAGUUCCCUGGCUUUGUCACUGCUGUGGCUCAGGAUCCGUUCCUGACCAGAACUUGUGCAUGCUGAGGACACAGCUGGGCGGGGGUGGAAGUAAACUUUUCUACUUAAAAGCUGCUGGGGAGUUCCCAUUGUGGUGCAGUUGAAAUGAAUCCAACUAGUAUCCAUGAGGAUGCAUGUUUGAUCCCUGGCCUUGCUCAGUGGCUUAAGGGUCCAGCGUUGCCAUGAGCUGCAGUGUAGGUCGCAGACGCAGCUCAGAUCUAGCAUUGCUGUGGCUCUGGUGUAGGCUGAUGGCUACAGCUCUGAUUCAACCCUUAGUCUGGGAACUUGGGUGCGGCCCCAAAAUAAAUAAAUAAAGAAAUAGCAAGCUACUGAAAGAAUGAGGAUUAAGUUAGGGGCUACGUUUCUAGACAGGGGAAACUUGAGAGGUGAACUGAUAUUUGCAACCACUUUUUUGCUUGUAGCAUGUGCCUGUUCUGAGUGCAGGACAACAAUCCAGGCUGCUGCUGGUGAACCGAGAAACUGACAGAGCUCUUGGCCCAUCUCAUGAAGCUGGAGUGACAAUAGUGGAGACUUGAAACACAACGUCGGUUUUCCCGUCAAGAUAACUGCGGUUUAAAACUUUGGAGCAAAGGCUAAAAGACUGAAAACCUUUGAGAAACAGAGGAGCUGUCAUCAGGCUUGCAGUGCUGAUGAGAUAAGAACAGAGUUCAGGACCUACCAGAGGAAAAGAGCCUGUUGAACACAUCAGAGCCUCAUUUGAAAGCCCUAGCACAGAAGUUUACAAAGUAUAUCUCAGCAGCCAAACCUGCACGCUGCCAAUAGUUAUAGGGCCGUGAGCUAAGAAUACUUUUAAAUGACUCUUAGAUACCUUAGUUCACAAACAUUUAUUCCGUAAGGAGUUGAGCUAUGGGACUAGUAAUUUGUGCGUGCAUUUUGGACCACCAAACCAAGGGCAGGAGGUGCAGCACAGAAGAAAGUAAUUUCCUUGGGAGUCCAUUGUGGCACAGCAGGAACAAACCAACUAGUGUCCAUUGAGGAUUCGAGUUCAAUCCCUGCCCUCACUCAGUGGGUUGGGGAUCUGGCGUUGUGGUGAGCUGUGGUGUAGGCUGGCAGCUGGAGCUCCGAUUAGACCCCUAGCUUGGAAACUAACAUAUGCCGCAGCUGCAGCCCCAAAAAGGGGGAAAAAAAAAGAAGAAGGAAAGAAAGAAAAAAGAAGAGUUCCCGUCGUGGUUCAGGGGUUAACAAACCUGACUAGGAUACAUGGGGAUUCGAGUUUGAUCCCUGGCCUCCCUCAGUGGGUUAAGGAUCCGGCAUUGCCAUGAGCUGUGGUGUAGGUUGCAGACAUGGCUCGGAUCUGGUGUUGCUGUGGAUGCGGCGUAGGCUGGCAUCUACAGCUCCAAUUGGACCCUUAGCCUGCGAACCUCCAUAUGCCGAGGGUACAACCCUAAAGAGACAAAAAAAGACCAAAAAAAAAAAAAAAAGUAAUUUCCUUUUAACUUGGUUCCUGCCUAUAUGACCUUAGAUGAGCUACUUACUCUCCCUAUUUUUUUUUUUUUUCUUUUCUGCAGCUUAUGGAAAUUACUGGGCCAGGGGUGGAAUCAGAGCUGCAGCUGGGGCCUACACCAAGCCAUGAAAACACUGCAUCCAAUCCACAUCUGUGAGCUAUGCCACAGCUUGCAGCAACAUCAGAUCCUUAACCACUGAGCUAGGACAGGGAUCAAACCCACAUCCUUACAGAGACAAUGUCAGGUCCUUAACCCAUUGAGCCCCAGUGGGAACUCCCUUAACCUCCCUUUAUAAAUUUGUAAAUGGAAAUCAAUGUAUGGAACAGAGUUGCUAUCAAGUCCCAGCAAGCUUUCUAAUUCCUCAACUACAGGGAUGCCAAGAACCCCUCUCUGAAAUUUCCUCUAUAAAAAAUUAAGGCCAUCAGGCAUCAGCACUAAUUCCCAGAGCCCCUAAGGAGGGUACACUCUGGAAAUAACAAUAACACUAGGAUAAGAUUUAAAGGAGGGCAUUUUAGUAAUUGAAAUGGAUGAUAAUGAAUUACAAAACAUUUUCCCCAUGGGAACAAGAAUCCCCACGCACCAAGGAAAAGAUUGAUUGAUUUUGAUAGCCAGGAUAAGUAAGCACUGGAGCAGGUUGUAAACCUGUCUCAUCAAUCAAUGACAACUUGGUUCACUGAACACAGCUCUGAAAACCAAACAAUCAGUGAAAGCUGUAUGCUUUCAAAGUCCGCUAAUCAUCAGUGGCCUCAGGCCAGUAAACACACUUUCUGCAAAACCAAUACCAUCACACUUCUGCACACAGGAGAUUUAAGGAUUGCUUUGUGCAGUGCUGGUCUCCUGACCACUGGAAUACUAGUGCUUUACUUAAGUAAUAAACUCACAUUUGAGGUCUUA